AUGGGUGGCAUUCUUCACUUGGUUGAAGACCGGCCUACGCCGAAGGCUGUCUACAACUGGCGAGUGUAUGCAUUGGCCGCAAUUGCAACCUGCGGUUCCCAGAUGAUCGGGUACACCAGUGGUUUCAUCGGCACGACCAUCACAUUGGAUUCCUUCAAGGCCGAGUUCGGCCUGGACAAAAAGUCUUCCGCUGAAAGAAAUCUGAUCAGUGAAAACAUUGUCUCUCUCUUCAUUGCCGGGGCUUUCUUCGGAGCUCUAUUUACCUAUGGUAUCUCUUACUAUGGGGGGCGCAAGUGGAGUUUGACUAUUGCUUCGGCUGUCUUUGUUCUCGGUGCCGGGUUGCAAAUGGGUGCUUCUAGCUCAACCGGUCUCGGCAUCCUUUAUGCGGGUCGAGUGUUGGCCGGUCUCGGUACCGGUGUCGCCUCCAAUGUUGUCCCGAUGUACCUCUCCGAACUAGCCCCUCCCGCCAUUCGAGGCCGACUUGUCGGUCUGUAUGAACUUGGCUGGCAAGUUGGUGGUAUGGUCGGUUUUUGGAUCAACUAUGGUGUUGAGCAAACUAUUCCUGCGAGCCGCAAGCAAUGGGUCAUUCCCUUUGCGAUCCAGAUCAUUCCAUCUGGCCUAUUAUUCCUUGGCUCCCUGUGGAUGAAGGAAUCCCCCCGUUGGUUGUUCACCAAGGGUCACCGCGAGAAGGCCAUUGAGAACCUGUGCUGGGUCCGUCAAUUGGAGCCUACUGAUAUCUACAUCACCGAGGAAAUCGCCGCUAUGGAUCAGUCACUAGAGGAACAGAAGGCCACCAUUGGUGUGGGCUUCUGGAAGCCCUUCCAGGCUUUGGGCCAAGCCAAGAACUUGCAGUACCGUCUUUUCUUGGGUUGCAUGCUGUUCUUCUGGCAGAACGGAUCCGGUAUCAACGCUAUCAACUACUACAGCCCGACCAUCUUCGAAAGUAUCGGUGUCCAAGGCAACACGAAGGGUAUUUUGAACGGUAUCUUCGGUGUCGUCAAGGCCGUCAUCACCAUCUUCUGGCUACUCUUCCUUGUUGACCAGCUCGGCCGUCGUAAGCUGUUGCUCAUCGGUGCAAUUUGUGGCUCGGUUUGCAUGUGGAUUAUCGGCGCCUAUAUCUGUGUGGUCGAGCCUACCAAGCACCCUCGGGACCACCUCAACGGCGGCGGUAUCGCUGCGAUCUUCUUCUUCUACCUCUGGACGGCCGUCUACACCCCUACAUGGAACGGUACCCCGUGGGUCAUCAACGCGGAAUUCUUCCACCCCAAUAUCCGUUCCGUGGCGCAGGCCGCGACCACGGCCAGCAACUGGCUGUUCAACUUCCUGGUCUCCCGCUUCACGGAGCAGAUGUUCGAGAAGAUGGGAUACGGCGUGUACUUCUUCUUCGCGUCGCUGUCUUUCCUGGCCUUCUUCUUCGCCUUCUUUCUCAUCCCCGAGACCAGCGGUAUCCCUCUGGAGGUCACCGACCAGCUGUUCAAGAUCAAGCCGGUCUGGCGGGCGCACUCUGUGCUGAAGGAGCAGCUGAAGGAAGAGGAGGAGCGCUUCCGGGCGGAGAUCAAAGAUGGCAUGUUCGACAAGCCCGAAGCCCAGGAGCAGGAGAACAUGAAAGCCGCCUGAUGAGGGGUGGACUUUUGUUGCUGUUGUUGAAUCAUUAGCCUUUUUCACUUUGCGGGGUUUGUUUAUAUCUAGACCAAUUGUGUAUAUAUAUAUGAUAGAGCAUAGACCUGGAUAUAUUUUCUUUUUUCCAUUUUUGAUACGCUUGUUUCUGUCGAUCUGUGUCUGCUCAGUGUCAAGA